GAUCGGGAUUCAUUCUAAAGCAGUAAGGCCUUCUGGUCUUCACACACACGGCAGCGCUCUGUUGUGCUUCUCCCCUUCCAGUCACCAUGCCGCUCAGCUGGCCGUCAUUCGGUGUUUGUCAUUUUUGACACUAUGAAGCGGUGUCUGUCGCUGAAGAGGCGCAUAUCCGUAAUUCGCGGUCCAGGGGAUGUGAUGUGAUGAUUAACGCCAGUCAGUUCAUUCGUUUUUUCCGUAAGAAACUUGUACUGGGCUUAAUCUUCUCAGCUUCCCUCAUUUACUGCGUCACUACUGUCCUCCGGGAUUCACCGGGGGUCGGUCAAGGCGCCGACGGUUCGGAAAUGGGUUCGAUAUCGUUGCCCGCCAACUCAUUUCGCUGGACCACGAACACUACGUCCCUGACAUGCCGGAAUUCUCUCCAGGGCCCACAAUGGGUUGCCGAUGACCGAGGAUAUGUGUGCAAUAGGACUCUGCUUCUGAGCUCGGGCUGCUGCGAUGCCGAUCAAGGCCUCGAGAGAUAUCCGUGCGAUUCAUGCGCUGACGGCUGUUGUUCUUCGUACGAGUUCUGUAUUUCGUGCUGUCUACGUCCCCAACAGCGACCCACGCUCGAAAGGGUCCUGGGACGCCUGGGUCGGAGCCCGAAAUCCCUCAAAUUGUAUGCGCUCGUACAAACUCAAUUUGAUCUUUGCCUGACCAAAUGCAGGACGUCAUCGCAGAGUGUGCGGAAUGAAAACACCUACAUCGAUCCCGUCAAAAAACAUUGUUUCGGAGAAAAUUCCUAACGUCAAGUUCCAGCUACUACGGGAAACUGAGCAUCGGUGAUGCAAGAGGGGUAUUGUACAGUGAAAUUGAAUAAAGGUUUGACGC